AGAGCGCGUUACCACGAAAGGGUCAUUCUGAUCAUUGGGCAUAUUUUCCCUUUGUUGCAAUUGACCCCAGAGUACCUCCACGUUGGCUAAAGAAUCAGGGCAGAAAUACCUUCGGGCUGCUGCCUAAUCGACCGUUCCAUGCAUUUGCGCAGCUGCAUCCCACUUUUGUAAAAACGGACUGGGCUGCAGCAGCACAAGGGUAGCCUAUACCAGCUCCUUUUACCGCAUCCUCACGGACACCUACUCUCCUCCGGCUGCUGCUGCGCGUUACUGCACCUCUGAUCAAAGAGGCAAGGAGGCCAGGAGCUGAGGAAACGCAAUGCUAGCAGAAUGAUUUUAACCAGGGAGACAAGGGAGGAGGACCGGUGAGAAACAGGCGAGUUGUAACAGAUAACCUACAGCGGUCUUUAGAGCUGCGCAGUGGUAGUGGAGGAUGAUUAUGGUCGGACGGGGAGUAUGGGUAGGCCUAUGUAAGCCCCGGUUUGGUAAGCGGGGGGGCAGGCUUGGUGUUAUGCCUUAUCUGUGCGCGGCGAUAGCGAGCGCAUCCCUGUUGGCUCUGCUCUUUGUGGACUUCAUCGAGUCAUGGGUCACCUCCAUGAGCAUGAACACGGUGGUGGAGCCGCACGCAGGCAUCAUCCCCCCGCAGAGCGUCUCUCCCACCAGACCCGAGGAGUUCCUGCUCAUGCCCAGCCCGCUCGUGUGCCAGCGUGCCAAGCCAUACCUCAUUACCAUGGUUACCUCGGCUCCUGCCAACCAGAGGGCACGCCAAGCCAUCAGGAACACCUGGGGAGGGGAGGUGGAGGUGAGGGGCCUGCGGGUCAUGACCCUAUUCAUGGUAGGCGUGGCGUCUGACCCUGGACUGGCUAAGCUGCUGAUAGAGGAGGCCAGAGAGCGAGGAGACCUGAUCCAGGGGCGUUUUCUGGACACCUACUCAAAUCUCACCCUAAAAACAUUGUCCUUGCUGGGCUGGGCCCGCCGGUUCUGCCCUCAGGCUCACUUCAUGGCCAAAGUGGAUGAUGACGUCCUGUUCAAUCCCAGCGCUCUCCUGCACUACCUAAACAAGAGCCGUAACCCCUAUGAACAAGGAGACUUGUACCUUGGUAGGGUGCAUCUCCAUGUGGCCCCGGACCGUGAUCCAGAGAGCAAGCACUACCUCCCUGCAGGGGCCUACCCUCCUUCUGUCUUUCCGGACUAUUGCAGUGGUACGGCCUAUGUUCUGUCCCGCUCUGCAUUGCUCAAGAUUUCCCUGGCAGCCUCUGCAUCACCUUUAUCCACACCUCUGCCUCCUGAGGAUGUGUUUGUUGGUCUGUGUGCCCGGACAGCUGGAGUGCUGCCCUCGCACUGCCCACUCUUCUCUGGUGGCCCAGGUGUGCCAUACGGGCGCUGCUGCUAUCAGGCCAUGGUGUCCAUCCACCACAUCCCACCCAGGGAGAUGCUCCACUACUGGGCUGAUGUCCAUACAUCACACCCUUGCUCCUGGCUGAGUCUGCGUGCUUCUCUGGGGCUCUGCAAAGUCAGGGCAAUGCUAGGGUCAGCCCUGGGGCUGGAACAGGGAUUGUGAUAAGGAAAACUGUAUUUAUUGGGGCUGUGCCUCGCUUCAAUACUGUGAACAGCACAAGUGCUCUUCAGGCUGUAAAAUGUCACUAUUUUUAUAGCUUUAUUUUUUUAAACAGUAUUGUGUAUUUAACCGGCUUUUUCUUUGCAGGAAAGAGUAUGAUCAGCUGGUUGUAUGAAGUAGUGUCACAGUAGUCAUAAGCUAUCCUUAGACUGUUACAGCAUCAUUCAUUACCACCGACACAUACUGUAGAUGUAGAAUAAACAAUGGCAUGCUGACACUGAGGAAAUACAGCUGACUAUGUGAUGAAUGCACAAGUAUUUCUAACACACAAGUCUGGCAUCUAUAGGCUGCUACCUUCACAUAAAUAACAACUGUUAAGUCUAUCACCAGGUACUUCAAGUGUAGAUGUUAGUCUAUUAAGAUGCCUAAAUGCAUGAUGCUCCAAUUAAUAGUACAAUAACCACAGGCUUAGGAAGAAAGUAAUACAAAAAGAAAUGCAUUCACUAAACCUUUUAUGUUCAAAAGAGAAACAUAAUUACCUCAGUAGCCUACAGGAUGUAUCCGAUUAAUUUCAAUAUUGUGUUUUCAGAAAUAAUAAUGACAUGAUUAUGUGCAACCUACCAUUAAUUGGACAGUUGAAAUUGUAGACAGUGAGAUGUAUUUGUCCAGAUCUGGGAACAGACGAGGAAUUUAAUCUUUUGUCUUUGGAGGCUUGGUGAUUCUGCUGCCUCAUAUCAUCUGACAUCAAAACUAUAACCAUUAGACUUGUACACCGCUAUAAUCCUAAUGAAUUGUACUUUUCGCUGUAAUAGUGAAAUUAAAUAUUAAGUGGGAUGUGAAUGACGGUGUUCUGUCAGCGCAGCGAGUAUGGUAUGGCUACACCGCAUAUCUAUUCUGGGAUAGGGGAAAAAAAUGCUCGUUUGUUAGCAUUUAUAACGGAAGGGGAGGGACAUCAGAUGUCAGGUUUAAUCAAGCAAAGUUAUCCGUUGAGCCAGAAGACCACCAGAGGUACAUUUUUAAAAGACAGUUUACAAUGUGUCAGGAUGAAGCCUCAGGCUUCUUGAUCCACUCACAAUGUAU